AUGGAGAUUGUGGGGCACUGCUGCGUCACCGUAGAGGGACAGAAAAGCGCGGUCACGGAGAUGCAGAGGCAUCACAAUAUACUGGACGAGGCCCGGGCACGAGAGGCCGAACGUGCCUCGAGGGCAGAAGCCGAGGCCGAUCGGGCCAAACUGGCAGCAGUGGCAGCUUCUGCCACGAUCGGGGCUACCAGCGACUGUUGGCAGACUGUAAAUUACGCGAGGGCUCUGAAACGGGCUCCGAAAGCAGCACCUCUAAGGAUCCCCCCCCCCUCCUGCUGCCACCCUGGCAAUAUACCCGGCGGAAGGAAGUGA